AUGAUGUUUAUCGCGAAUUCGCGGGCGAAUGUCGAUGCGUGGGGGGCGCCGAGGAAUGAGGAGCUGGGUCUGCAGUAUGUGGAUAUCGAUGAGAAUGGGGUUUCUGGGUCGAUGGAAUGUCCUAUCCAAGCUUCGUUCCCGGAUGCAGUUGAUGAUCCGUCGGCGGGGGCGUGGGUGCGUACACUCAGCGAUUUGGGGGCCGAACCAACCGCGACGGGCGUCGAAUACACGAUCAACGGCGGCGAAACUCUGACUGCAAAGGCGCGGAACGAGGUUAUUCUCUCCGCCGGCGCAAUCAACACAUCAAAGCUUCUCGAGCUUUCUGGAGUCGGCUCUCCUGCUAUCCUCAACCAGUUCACCAUCCCAGUUCGCGUGCACAAUCCGCAUGUGGGCGAGAACUUGCAAGACUACCUCAUCGCCGGCACCGACUAUACGGGUCCGUUCACUAUCAGCGGCUUCUACUCGUCCGCCCUUGUCUCCCUGGCAGAGUUUGCGGAUCUCGAGACCGGUCUCAGAGAGGGGACUUAUGUAUUCGCCCUGACCGAGCUGGAACAGGACAAGGUCAGCGACAACGAUCCUCCCAUCAACAGCGCCGCGACCAAUGCUCGAGCCGCCUUCCUCCGCUACCUCAUUGCAAACAACCACAACCAGGCGACGGCCGCGUACUUCAUCGUCCCCUCGCAAGUCGACUUCCGCGACACCAGCGUCGGUCCGAGCCACCCGCCUCGCCCAGAGAACUACAUGACGAUCUUCGCCAUGCUCGCGCACCCGCUCUGCCGCGUGUCAACGCAUAUAACUUCCGCCUCCCCCUCCGCACUACCGCUCAUCCACCCACGCUGCCUCUCACACCCAGCGGACGUCGACAUGCUCUCCCGCCACGUCCGCUUUAUCGACACAAUCGCCUCCUCCCCGCCCUUGUCCACCAUCCUCAAAUCCGAAGGCGUCGGAAAGAGAAGCCCCGGUGUCCCACCCAACCUGAGCACAGCACCACUAGACGAAGUCGCGAGCUACGUCUGCAGCGAGUGUUGUGCCAAUUAUUCCGAGGGGGAAUACGCAGAGCACGGUUUAUGCGAUCGCGGAGCGGGCGCCUGA